ACAAAACCUAUUAUUGUGUGAUUUAUCAAUAACAAGGCAAACACAUUUAAUAAUUUUGAAUGGCGACUUCGACUAUUUACAGGCGUUCAUCUAAGACGUUUUACAUAUAUGAUAUACCGAUCAAAAAGGUGGUACAUGUAAUAUGCGGUGAUGUUAUGGAAUUUGCAAAGGAUAAUACAUGCAUCGUCAUUCCUUGUGUUGUGAAAUCGGAUGGAACUAGGGAAAGCAGAGGAGAGCUUUUUGAAUGUUUGAAGAAAGAAGGUGGCGAGAUUUGUUUGGAAGAACUAAACCAUGCGCCUAUACAUGAGAAAACCGGAUGUAUACUGACUAGUGGAGGGAAUUUAAAAGUAACAAUUAUACAUCCUACUCGAGCAGUUGGGAAUGAUAACAAUGCAGAGGACAAUAUAUUUUUGAAUAUAUUUGGUAGUCUGAAAAUGGCUGCAAAAAUAGGGCAGACGAAAAUAGCGUUUCCUUUUGUUUUUUCAGGAGUUGCUGGUAUAAACCUUAAAAGCUGCGCCUAUCAAUAUGCUCGAGCUUUAACGGAGUUUUCCAGAUCAGAGGAUGUCAGUUCCGCUUGGCAAGACAUAUAUCUUGUCGAAAAAAACUACGCAAAGUUCAAACAAGUGUCAGAGUAUUUUGAUCAUCUUCUACCUGCCCAAAAGUCUCAGGUUCUUCAAAUACCAAGACCCUUGCAAGACACUGAUGACACUAUAUGGAGCAGCGAAAAUACAAGCCUUAAAGUCACUUAUAAAGAUAUCCGUAACCCGUUUGUACAUGCAAUUGUAUGUCCAGAGUAUAAGGGUGCUUCAUAUGGAGGCGUCUUUUCGAUGACUAUCAAAUAUGCUUACCACAAAAGUGUUGAAAUUGCCCCCCUGAAGAAAUUGUGCGCUAAAGGACGCAUAGUUAAAUCCAAGUGCUGUGGAUACGAUGAGUAUAAGCCUGUCAAAUUAUUGUUUCAUGUCCGUACUCCGAUUUGGAAAGAUGUUUCAGACAGUAGUCAGUUAGACGAGUGUGUUGCGAGCAUAUUUCGUAAACUAACGAAAUUUGAAAAAGAUGACAUUGUCGUCAAUUCUGUUGCGCUUCCUCUUCUUGGAAUAGUUGAUGUAUCGAAUGAAAGCAUCGUUAGAGAGUGUUGCAAAACAUUCGCAAACAGUGUUGCAAAGCGUUGCCGUGAUAGAGACAGCGAGGUUCCCCUUGGCGUUUACCUUGUAAACAACUGCGAGACGAUCACUGGGUGGUUAAAAGAGGACAUUAACUUGCAUCUAGGUGUUCAGAGUUGAUAUACCGAUUACAUAUCAAGCAUACUUAAACACCCAAGUUUAAGAUAUGUCUAGAAUGUUUAUCCCCCAGCUAUGCAUAUCCAUUUAAUUGUCCGAAUGUGAACAGCAGGAUGCCAAAUUUCUUAGGUAUUAUUUAUUUGCUAAUAGCAAUUUGUGCUUUAGCGCUACAAAGGAUAUUCUUUGAAAGGGAAAUGUUGCAUACUGUUCUGAGUUAGCUUUAAUGAUAACAGACACCGAAGGGAAUUAUACAUUAGGUCCCAUAAACAUCCGUGUUAUAUACUCUAGAGUUUAGGGGGAGGGUGCACUUGUUGAAGAUUGGAACUUAGCCUUAAACAGGACACAACCAAAAGUAUCUGCCAAAGGAGGCUAUAUUGAAUGCAUUCACCUUACCAUUUUAUUAAAGAUUGUGCUUUAAAAAUAAAUAUACAAAGAUUGGUAUUGAAGAACAUCAUUAUUACAAAGCAUAAGAAAAUAGUAUUUAAUCAGAUGCUAUUUGAUGUAUUUGUCACGUUUGCAUUAUCAAAAUAAGUAGCAAAAUGAAAACACCGACACGAUUGCAUAGAUAAGAUUUACAACAACAAAAAAUAUUCGCCACCCGAAGUAGGUAUUUGGUGGAAUAUAAAUUUCAAAGCCCCCUUAUAUUUGUAAAAUGUUUAUUGCUAUGCACAUUUUGUCAUGAAAGUUUAAUAUCUGUUUACGGGACAAACUUGAAACUUGAAUUAUUUUCAAACACUUAUAUGAUCUUUUAUUACUCGGUGUUUUAUUGUAUACAUAUUUGUUUAAUAUGGAUCUUAAAUCAUUGUUAAGAUUUUUAGAGUAGUAUGUAUCUUUCUUUUAUAUAAUGUAUUACAGAUAUAUAUAUU